GUCAGGGAGAGUACAAGGAGACUGAACAACAGUCAGCAUGCUUGGGCAGAGGUAGUGUGCAGAGAAUGCCGGCUUCAAAGCCAGGAGGACAGGUACAAGGUCAAGACAAAUCAACCUUUUAAAGCUCUAGGAAACCCUAAAAGUUGCACAGAUAGUCUUGGUCUGCCUGGUUAUGUACGUUUUAUUUUGACUCCAACCCUAAGAUCAGAUGUCGCUUCCUCAGUGUAGGGCACAUCCACCCAGGAUCUCCCUGAACCAGAGCAGACUAGCACCUUCUCCGCAAUUAAGAGACUCGGGCUGCCUGGGGGCACGGAGGAGUUGAGCGACUUUACCACUGUCUCCUAAACAGGCCGGCUACAGUCCUUGACGUUCCUGAUCCAGUGUAAUGUAAACUAAUGUAGACUUGGGCAAGAGGAAGGCACGACUGCUCAGUGUGUGUGUGUGUGUGUGUGUGUGGUAAAGGGAUGCUGCUGUGAAAUUGUCCAUUUGUUAAUAAUAAGAGUCGGGUCAUCACCAUCAUCAUCAGUUUUACAGAUGAGGAAACUGCAGAAUCGCAAGCUCGUGAUCCGAAGCGGGACUCGAACUCGGAUUUCCCGGCUGGCGGAGCAGUCGCUGUCUUGGGUUAAGCUGGAAGUUUGGAGAGCGUUUAGGAGCGUUUGUAUUUCUCCAGCGCCGGUGAGGCGACCCCCACUCCUCCCGCGGACCCGGGGAGCCCCCCGCUCCUCCUGCCGUGUCACAGUCUCGGUUUUCCCAGGCCGGCACCUCGCGGGGGGACGGCUGGUGGAGCCCCGGAGUUUUCUCAGCUAGGAGGCUCCCCGGGGAUUCUAGCCCCGCUUGGACGCGCGGUCUGGUUCCGAGCUUAGGGCCCCAUUGACUCCUCUGGGAGGCUCGCGGCGGGAUUCGGGGCGCCCCCCGCCCCCCCGACCCGGCCCCUCUUUCUGUCCCAGGUGGCCGAAGCCGGGGAGAGGACGGCCGGGCCGGGGGGAGGGGACGGUGCUUGCCCGCCUGUGACUCCGCCCCCAGCCUUGGGGUUGGUCUGGUUGGGCUGGCAGAGCGCUGCCUCCAGUCGCUCGCUCGCUCGGGUGGCGCUAGCUCUCCCGGCUCCCGGCCCCGCCGCCUCAGCCCGCCCGGGCCAUGACACCGCUGCCGCAGCGCCCAGCCCGGCGCCCCGCUCCCCCGCCGCGCGCCCCGAGGGCUGCCAGCCCGCCGCGCCUCCCGCUCGGGCUGCCCCUGCUGCUGCUGCUGCUCCGAGCCGCUCCCUCCGCCGCCGCUGCCCCGGACCCCGCCGACAGCCGCCCCAAGACGAGCCCCCGCAUCACCGCAGCCUGGAAAGGGCAGGAGAGUUACCGGUUCCCACAGCCCGAGCCCCACACGGUGCUGUAUCACGAGCUGGGCAGUGACUCUGUCGAGGUGGGCGGCCGAGGGAAGCUCUACCAUUUUGACUUCAUCCAGGGGAAAAAUGCCUCAAUGAACAUGGUGUACAUCGGUCCCAAUAAAGCAUUCUGCCAGAACCAGCUGGACUGUGAGAACUACAUCACCCUUCUGGAGAAGCAGGCGGAAGGGCUGCUCAUUUGUGGGACCAACGCUCGCCAUCCCAGCUGCUGGAAUUUGGUUAACAAGACCAUCACUCUGCUUGGGGAAAGGCGGGGCUAUGCUCCAUUCACCCCCGAUGAGAAUUCCCUGGUCCUGUUCAGUGAUGACCACGUGUAUUCCACAAUCAGAAAGCAGGAAUACAACGGCAAGAUCCCAAGGUUCCGGCGCAUCGGAGGAGAGCGGGAGUUAUACACCAGCGACAUGGUCAUGCAGAACCCACAGUUCAUCAAGGCCACCAUCAUCAACCAGGACGAAGCCUACGAUGACAAGAUCUACUACUUUUUCCGGGAAAACAAUCCCGACAAGAACCCUGAGGCCCCCAUGAACGUCUCCCGGGUGGCCCAACUGUGUAAGGGGGACCGAGGUGGCGUGAGCUCCCUGUCUGCCUCCAAGUGGAACACCUUCCUGAAGGCCAUGCUGGUGUGCAGUGACCCAACCACCAACAAGAACUUCAACUGGCUGCAGGACGUCUUCCUGGUCCCAGAUGCCUCGGGGGACUGGCGCGCCACAAAGGUCUACGGGGUCUUCUCCAACCCCUGGAACUACUCGGCCGUCUGUGUGUACUCCAUCGGCGACAUAGACCGGAUCUUCCGGACAUCCCCACUCAAAGGCUACAGUGGGGCGCUCCCCAACCCACGGCCGGGCAAGUGCCUUCCAGACCAGGAACUGACACCCACAGAGACCUUCCAGGUGGCUGACAGUCACCCCGAGGUGGCCCAGAGGGUUGAGCCUUUUGGGGAAAAGAAGACCCCCCUUUUCCACUCCAAAUAUCACUACAAGAAAGUCUUAGUGCAUCAAAUGCAGGCCAGAAACGGGUCCACCUUUGAAGUUCUCUACCUUGCCACAGACAAAGGAACGAUCCAUAAGGUGGUGGAGUCAGCCUAUGGUGCCUUUAACAUCAUGGAAAUCCAGCCCUUCCAUCACCACCCAGCCACCAUCCAGUCUAUGACCCUGGACAACGUGACGAUGAAACUGUACGUGAACUCUCAGUGGGAGGUCAGCCAGGUGCCCCUGGACCUCUGCAGCGAGUACCGGGGGGGCUGCCAGGGCUGCCUCAUGGCCCGGGAUCCCUACUGCGGCUGGGAUGACACCCACGGCCAGUGUGUCUCCAUCUACAAGUAUAAAGGGCCUCUGUUACAGGCUCUGGGGCCCAACGAGCCUCACACAGAAUGUCCUUCCUCCAACUUGGGGAAGGAGCAGGACAAGGCGCAGAGCGUGACCCUGGCCCGGAACGCGCGCUACUACCUGACGUGCCCGGUGGAGUCGCACCACGCCACGUACUCGUGGCACCUCGGGGACAAGAAGCUGCACCGCUGCGAGCCGGGCUGGCCGAGCUCGGACUGCAUCCUGUUCAUCGAGAAGCUGACGGACGAGCAGUUCGGCCUGUACCGCUGCCAGGCCCAGGAGGGCUCCUACAGCCGCGUGGCCGUGGCGUGGGAGCUGCGCCGGGAGGCCACGGCCGAGCACCUGCUGAUGGGCGCAGCGGCCGCGCAGCCGCUGCCGGGCCUCCUGCUGCUGCUGCUGGCCGGCGCUGCUGGCUCACUGAGGCGCGGGGCCCCGGGGCCUGCCCCCCCGCCGCUUCCGGGGGGCGCCCUCGGGCCGCUGCCGAGGCUGGGGCCCCACUUUCUUCCGGGGAGCGGACGUUUCUGAGCCAUAGGCCCGCUGGGAGGCGGGCGGGGGCUGGGGCACAGAGGCCCGGGGGUGCCCCGGCGCAGGUGGGGAGGCGGAGCGGCCCGGGCUGGGCCCACUGGCGCCCCCUCCCCCCGAGGGCGUGAAGGGUGAGCGCCGAGGAGAGCCGCCCCCGGGGGUCCCGGGGACACGGGGGCAGCGCCCGCGGACAGAAAGCCGGGCUCGGGGGUCCCCCGUCAGGGGCCGAAGGGAAGAGCUUGCCAAAGGUGAAUCUUAGCUGGAAACUACACUGACUAUGCAUUGGGGGGGUGGGCGAGGGGCCGGGGAGAGCGGCCCGCCG